AUGUAUUUUUUAUUAGGUAUUGAAGAACUAAAAAACUUCGAAGCAGUUAAUGCGGAAAUGGGAUCUUGUAAAGGUCAUCGUUGUGGUAAAUGCGGCAGAUGCCAUGAUUGGUAUUAUACAGGAGAUUUAAAAACUUUCGCAUGGCUUCAAAAUUGGAAGAAGUGGACCACAAAGGAUUGGGAACGUUACCGUGAUAAUAACUUUUCUGAGCGUUUCAAAAAGCGUGUUGAUGCAACAUGUACUUAUCAUCUUUGUAUUAUCGAUGGUGAUGAUCUUCAGGCUGGUCUUCAUUUUCAUUCUAUUGGUGCUAAUGCUUAUUAUCAUGCUCAUCAUGAUCUUUGUUUGUGUAAUGAUAUUGUUCGUAACUAA